CCCACCGUUCAUAUGCUGCUAUGUGCUAUACACGUCUCCCUCUCGCAGCCUCGCUCCCAAACGCUCCCUCCUCGCCGCCCGAUUCGACGCGCCGGCGGCCACCCGCCGUCGUCCAACGCCGUCGAUCCAACGCGCGGCGUCCGGCUCUUACUGCAGUUCCCCUAGACUUGCAGCUCACGAACAAUCGACUGGAGCAUCUCACCGGCUCCUAAGUACACGCGGAUCUGAUCGGAAGAGGCCACGGCUGCUACUGCCUCGGCGAUGUCGAGGGUUCGGGACAGGACGGAGGACUUCAAGGAGGCCGUCCGCGUCGCCGCGCUGGCCCAUGGCUACACGGAGGCCCAAUUAGCCGCGCUCAUGUCGUCUUUCAUCAUCCGGAAGCCGUCGCCUAAAUCACCUUUUACAAAUGCUGCGAUCAAAACUCUUGAGAGUAUCAAGGAACUCGAGAGGUUUAUAGUGAAGCAUAGGAGGGACUAUGUGGACCUGCGUCGCACAACGGAGCAAGAGAGGGACAACAUUGAGCAUGAAGUUGGUGUUUUUGUAAAAGCGUGCAAGGAACAGAUUGAUAUCUUAAAGAACAGGAUCAAUGAAGAAGAGAAGAAUGGAAGUGCAAAGACAUGGCUUGGCACAAGGGAUGAGCGUUCCCGGUUGGACUUGAUAGCUCACCAGCACGGUGUGGUUUUGAUUUUGAGUGAGCGUCUCCACUCAGUAACUGCGCAAUUUGAUCGUCUUCGGUCCAUGCGUUUUCAAGAUGCUAUUAAUAGAGCAAUGCCAAGAAAGAAGAUUCAGAAGAAACCAGAAAUCAAACCUGCUGAACCAUCCAAGUCUAAUCUUGUUUUAAAAUCUGAUGUAUCAAAGGUUGGAGAUCAGGAAGUAUCUACUGCACCCGUGAGAGUUCAAGAACAACUAUUGGAUGAUGAAACACGGGCUCUUCAGGUGGAGUUGACAAGUCUUCUUGAUGCUGUCCAAGAAACAGAGACAAAGAUGAUGGAAAUGUCAGCACUUAAUCAUCUUAUGUCAACACAUGUUCUUCAACAAGCUCAGCAAAUUCAGUUUUUAUACGACCAGGCUGUUGAAGCUACCAAUAAUGUGGAGUGCGGGAACAAGGAGCUAUCUCAGGCGAUCCAGCGCAACAGCGGUAGUAGAACCUUUCUCCUGCUUUUCUUCUUUGUUCUUACUUUCUCCGUUCUUUUCCUUGACUGGUACAACAACUGAAUUAGCACCUGAAGACAUUGUAAUUGUUUUGUUCAUGGAAAUGGAUCAAAAUAUGAAAGCCGCCUGCCUCUCUAAACUGACCUUUUAGGCGCUCUGUACCACUUGCUAAACAUAUUCUUUCCUGUUCUCUCUAUCUGUAAAUUCCGGGAUUUGUCAUUUCA